AUGUGUUUAGACGAAAGGUUUUUAUCUUCUAUUUUUAAAAAUCAAAUUACAACACUUACUAUUGCUAUUGAUCCAGAUAAAAAUGAAUGGUUGACAAUGGAAAACAUAUCUAAUCAGAUCUUUACUGUGUUUAUCAAUUUAACUCAUUUAAUAUUUUGCGAUGCAUCAUAUAAAGAUAAUGUUCGAUUAUUUAAAAUUCCAUCUAUUUUUUCUUCUUCAUCUCUUUUGGUAUUAAAUAUCAAGGUUCAAACUUUUGAUGUAUGUCUUUAUAUUCUUGAUGGUCGUUUCGAUCAACUUCAUACACUUUAUAUUGAAUUGGCUAAUAUUGAUGGUCCAUCAGAAGAAAUUGAAAAUCAAAGAAAAAUUCCAAAUCUGAAAUAUUUUGUUUUAUCUUGUUUGUCGAAAACAUCGCAUUACAAGGAAUUAAUUUUACCACUUCUUUAUCGAAUGUCAAAUUUAGAAAAACUUGGUUUGGAUCUAACAGUCUCUGUUGAAAAAACAUUUAUUGAUGGACAUAAUUUAAAGAAAAAUAUUCUCAGUCAUAUGUUACAAUUAAAACAAUUUACAUUUGAUAUUCGUUCGGUUAUAUUUAUUAAUAAUGAUAUGAAUUUACCAUCGAAAGAAGACAUUCAACGAACAUUCAAUGAUUUUCCAUAUACAAAAAUAAUAUCUUGUGUUGAUUAUUUUCUAGAGUAUAAAGAGAGUUUAUGUCAUAUUUAUUCAUAUCCAUUUUUAAUGAGACAUUACGAAUAUGUAACAAAUAAUUUUCCAGGUGGAUUAUAUCCAUAUGUUCGUGUUGUAUCAUUAUAUGAUGAAUAUCCUUUUGAACAUGAAUUUUUUAUUCGAAUAUCUCAAUCAUUUCCAUUUAUGGAAAAAUUACAUAUCAAUAAUCAUUAUGCACAAAAUCAUAAACAAUCUUAUAAACUAAUGAAUAAUAAUCAGAAUUUAUCAAUUGUUAAAUAUAAUUAUCUUAUUGAACUUCACAUAGAUCAUCGAACUCAUAAUAAUUAUAUCGAAGAAUUUCUAUGUAAUAUGAAAACAUGUUUCCAAAAUAAUAUUCUUCUUGAUGUCCAUUAUGAAGCAUUACAAAGAGUAACACAUAAUUUUACAAGAAAUGAUACACGAAUUAAUUGUACCAAAAUAAAUCAACUAUGGCUAUUCGGAAAAUUUGAAUAUUCAAAAUCUUUACAAGACUAUUUUCCUUUUGCAAUUAUAGAUUGA